GUGUGGCAGCGGUCGAGCCGUCAGCGGAGCGGCGCUCACAUUCACGCGUCUCCAGCCAUGCAGCAGAGCGACGACGCGGAGGUUCCCGCUCUGAACGACCUGAACAACAACAGCAGCAAACACAGGAGCGGCGCGCAGGGCAGAGAUGGAUUCAGAAACCAGCAGAAAGACUCUGAGGGCUCCAUGGAAUCCCCCAACCUGGAGUUUGAAUAUGGAGACACAGACAGUCUCACGGCGGAGCUCUCAGAACUGUACAGCUACACAGAGGAGCCGGAGUUCAGUCUGAACAGAGACUACUUUGAGGAGGACUUCAGAAGCCAUGUGAAGGGCAGGAGAUGGGUGGAGCUCAGUGUGGAUGACCAGAGGGCAUAUGUCAUGAGGCUGCUGGAUGCUCUGGAGGUCACCGACAGAGAAAAGAGACUCAAAGUGGCUCGUGCUAUCCUCUACCUGGCUCAGGGUGUAUUUGAUGAGUGUGACACAGAAGCAGAUGUUCUCCACUGGUCUCGACACAAUGUCUUCCUGCUCUACGACAUGGGCAUCUUCACUGCUCUUCUGGAACUCCUCAGCAUGGAGAUCGAUAAUAACCAGGCGUGUAGCAGUGCUGUCAGGAAACCUGCCAUAUCCCUCGCAGACAGCACAGAACUCAGGGUUCUGCUGAGCAUCAUGUAUCUGAUGGUGGAGACGAUCCGUGUGGAAAUGGAAGAUGACAGGCCGGAGUGGCAGACGGCACGAGAGGCCUUCAAAACCGAACUGGGCUCACCACUCUACAACGGUGAACCCUUUGCUCUUCUGCUCUUCACCAUGGUAACCAAGUUCUGCAGCAUGAGCGCCCCCCAUUUCCCCAUGAAGAAAGUGCUGCUGCUGCUGUGGAAAACUGUGCUGUUCACUCUUGGUGGCUUUGAGGAGCUGCAGGAGAUGAAGGUUCGGGGCAGAGAGAAGCUGAAGCUGCCCCCACUCCCAGAGGACAGUAUAAAGGUGGUCAGAAACAUGAGGGCCGCUUCACCUCCAGCCUCCGCCAUGGAGCUCAUUGAGCAGCAACAGCAACAGAAGAGAGGACGCAGGAGCCGCAGGAGUGCCUUUGUUGAUAGCUUGGAAGGAGACAGUCCCUUUGCCAAGAAGCAGCCUCUGGUCAAGCAGGACAGCCUGGACACCUAUAAUGAGCGCGACCCGUUUAAGAACGAUGACGCGCGGGAUGAGGAAGAUGACAGUGAGGACGUGGAUAGCGGCAUUGAGGGCGAGGUGGACCCUCUGGACCGUGAUGUCAUUAUCCAGCCCCCGCCCCCUCCGCCCCCUCUGCGGCCCCCCACUGACCGAGUGUCCUUCCCUAAAGGGCUACCUUGGGCCCCUAAAGUCAGAGAGAAAGACAUUGAGCAUUUUCUGGAGACCAGCAGGAACAAGUUCAUCGGCUUUACUCUGGGAAAUGAUACAGAAACGCUGGUUGGGCUGCCCAGGCCUAUUCAUGAGAGUGUGAAGACUCUUAAACAGCAUAAGUACGUCUCCAUCGCUGAGGUGCAGAUCAAGAGAGAAGAGGAGCUGCAGCAGUGCCCAAUGACCAUGGGAGAGGAGGAAGUGGAAGAAACUCCUGCAGAAAUUUUAUAUGUGGGGAUGCUCCCCAGCCUUUCUCAGUAUGUGAUUGCCCUUUUGAAGCUUCUUCUGGCUGCAGCACCAACUUCCAAGGCCAAGACUGACUCUAUCAACAUCCUCGCUGAUGUUCUUCCCGAAGAGAUGCCAAUCACUGUCCUCCAGAGCAUGAAGCUGGGCAUUGACGUGAACAGACACAAGGAGAUUAUUGUGAAGGCCAUCUCUGCUCUGCUGCUGCUGCUGCUCAAGCAUUUCAAGCUCAACCAUAUCUACCAGUUUGAGUAUGUGUCCCAGCAUCUGGUGUUUGCCAACUGCAUCCCCCUCAUUCUCAAGUUCUUCAACCAGAACAUCAUGUCCUAUAUCAGUGCCAAAAACAGUAUAUGUGUGCUGGAUUUCCCUCACUGUGUGGUCCAUGAGAUGCCUGAGCUAACUGCUGAAAGCCUGGAAGCUGGAGACAGUAAUCAGUUCUGUUGGAGGAAUCUGUUCUCCUGCAUCAACCUACUGCGAAUUCUCAACAAACUCACUAAGUGGAAGCACUCUAGGACGAUGAUGCUGGUGGUGUUUAAGUCUGCUCCAAUCCUGAAGAGGGCACUGAAAGUCAAGCAAGCUAUGAUGCAACUCUAUGUACUCAAACUCCUCAAGAUUCAGACGAAGUACCUUGGCCGCCAGUGGAGAAAGAGCAACAUGAAGACCAUGUCGGCCAUCUAUCAGAAGGUCCGCCAUCGGCUUAAUGAUGACUGGGCCUAUGGGAAUGAUAUCGAUGCUCGGCCAUGGGACUUUCAGGCAGAGGAGUGUGCCCUGCGGGAGAGCAUUGAGAAGUUCAACACCAGACGCUACGAUAAAAACCAGAACAGCGAGUUUGCGCCAGUGGAUAACUGCCUGCAGAGUGUGCUGGGUCAGCGGGUGGAGCUGCCCGAGGACUUCCACUACAGCUAUGAGAUGUGGCUGGAGAGAGAGGUCUUUUCGCAGCCCAUCCAGUGGGAGGGCCUGCUGCAGGCCCAGUGAUGGAGCUACAGUGAAAAAAGAGGUGGAAAAGGAUAUUUUAACCCAAACUAGACUGAAACAACCUACUGUGCGUUUACGAGCAGCCCACAUGCACAGAAACACACACACUCGGUCACUUAAAUACACGCAAGCAUGCAGACAGAGCACCUGUGCCAACUGUAUUCUUCAUGUAAAUGAAUGCUUGUAAAUAGAGAUGUUCAAAUACAGUGUAUGGGCUUUGAAAUGGUAACCCUCCUUUACUGGUGAUUGAUGAUAAUAUAAGCACAUCAAGUGGGCAUGAUGCAUCAAGUGCUUCUAUAAAAACAUAAAUAUUUAUCACAAUGUCAACUCCUCACUACAGUACGAGAGACGACACACACUGCCGGUCAAAGUUCUGGGACACUGCGUUCAUUUGAAAGGAAAGUCCUACUUUUACUUUUUAAUUAUGUAAGAGAAAACUUGCAAAAGUUACUUGCAAAUGCUUGCAAAUGUAAAACAUUUGUUUAUGAAGAGCAGUUUUUGAAAAGCACAGAUUUUGUUUCAGAUGUGCUUUAAACAGCUAAGACGAUUUGAGUGCCGAUGAGUCCUGACAUCACAACAAGGUAGUGAUGGACAUUCUGGCUCAUUUCAGUGAUUUAGCUCCAAUAAGGGAUAAUAAUACAAUUUCAAGCUUCCAAACAGCUCUUUAUUCAGUAGCAAAAUCAGUUUUUUGUAUCUAAAAUUAACCAAGUUAGCAAAAUCGUCUGUCAUUUAAUUUUCAAUAAAAUCUAAUAAUAUCUUUAGUAAACUGAUGAACAAAAAUUGCAUUAUGUUUAGCAGGUUUAGGCAUAAUGAGGGGCACAGCCAGAAUGUUCCAAGGAGAUCCAGGUGGGUCCUGUGAUUUUCAGCUACAGCAACAUUAGAUCUACCCAUUUAUUUCAUCUUAACUUAUAAAAUACAAAGAUACAACCAAACAGCUCUUUAUUUCACUACAAGGGGAUAAAAUAUUAUCACACAUAUGUAUGUGAUAUUAUUUUCCUCAAAGUAAACCUGGUUAAUAUGUUAUCGAAAAUGGAAAAAGAAAAUAUGCUCAUUAACAUUAAAAAGGAAUUCCACCAUAAUCUCUAUAGUCUCGUUACCAUGUAAACGAAGUGUUGCACCAUUCUAGAGAAGAAUAGUCUGAAUUGUUGUGAUAGGAACCAGACGUCUGAAGCAUUUAUUGUCUCUGACAGCUGCAUCACAGCAGGUUAUCUCAUGAAAAGGUAAUGAACAUGCUGCCUGAUGCCAUGAUAUGAUAGUUUUGAAAUAAGGCUUCAACACAAAACUUAUUUUUUGAAGCACAUUCAUGGCGGAGAGGUACAUACAGGGCAUUAAAAGGCAAAGACUGCCCAAAGAAAACUACCUUUUUUCAGAUUUACCACUGUAAUCAACAUUACAUAUAAAAACUCUUAAGACACAUGGGUUCAUGGGUCAUUUUAAGUGGUAAAUAAAGUAGUUAUAUUUGCAAAGACGUCACAGCCCCGGGAUCCCUCUCACCACCAUUGUUAAAAAUAGACAGUGCACCAUGUUUACAUGUUUACGUCUCAACCACUGAAUUAUGCAGAAAUUUGAAAAAAGUGUUGGAAUUCCUCUUCUAAAACAGUGUCCCCAAGCAUUUGACUGGCUGUGUGUCCAUAUAUUUCUAUUGUAUAAUAAUGAAUGCUCAAAUACUAGAAGUAUUAUAAGUAAGUUCUAAUGAAAAGAGUGAAGGGAUUUAUUUAUUUAUCAUUAUCUCUCUCAGUCUGGAACUGCUGGUAGAACUUUUAUUUUUGAUGCAUACGCACGUAUAUAAAUAGAAUGGAAAGAAAAUAUAUCUGGGCUUAGCACAUUCUGUCUCUGUUGUUGUGCUAAAGAGACUCGAUAUGUCCAAGAAGAAAAAGCCCAAAAUGGCAGCUAGAAGCAUAGCUCAUGUGUCAGCGGGACCGGAAGAACUGGUCUUUAAAGAUUCCUUUCAGAAACUGCUGCUGUCUCUGUGUAUACAGACGAGGCGUAUGGCAGGAACGUCCUUGAGAAAGCAGUAAAGUCUCAAUUCUCUUUGUCUCUCAGAUGUCAAGCGCUUCCUCCCACUCCGUACACAUAGAAUGGGCCCCUAACAGCACAGCACAAAAGCACUAAAGUGUCCUUGGUGAAUAGUAUCACCCACCUUACAAUUAACAAACUUCCCACACCAUGGUGCUGAUUUUUAACACUGCUUUUUGUCAUCAUUUCCUCUCUUUCACACCUUCUCUCUACUGCUCCCCCUCUCUCGCCCACUCUAUCUCUCUCUCUUUCCCACAUGAUUUCUCCCUCUCUCUCUCCUUCCUUCUUGCUUGCUCUCCUUCUUGCUUGUCCACCCUUCUCUCUCUCUGUCUCUCUCUCUCUUUCUCACACUCUUCCCCUUCUUUUUUGCUUGUCUCUCUGUCUCUCUCUCUUUCUCACACUCUUCCCCCUUUCUUGCUUGUCCACCUUUCUCUCUCUCUCUCUCUCUUUCUCUCUUUCUUACACUUUCCCCCCUUUCUUGCUUGUCUCUCUCUCUGUCUCUCUCUCUCUCUUCCCCUCUCAUCUCAUCCUCUCUGUUGCUGUCUUUCUUACUCUUUUUUUGCUUGUCCACCCUUCUCUCUCUCUCUCGUUUUCUCCCCAUCUCAUAUUCCUUCACACCUUCUCUCUAUCUCUCCCCCCUCUAUCUCUCUCACGCUCUUUCUCCCUCUCUCUCUCCCCUCCCUUUGUCUCUCUCUCUUCCUCUUGCUGUCUCUCUUUCUCUCUCUCGCAGUCUUGUCCUCCCUUUCUCUCUCUUUUUUCUUGUUCCCUCUCUCUCUCUCUCUCUCUCUCUCUCUCCCCUGUCUCUCUCUCCCCCUGUCUCUCUUGCCCUCCCCACUUUACCUACCUAUAAAACUAGCAAAUAUUUUCUAAUCAUUUUUAUUACCAUUUCCAGUGUUUGAUUAAAAGUUGAAGGUGCUGGUGUUAAUCGUCUACCUAACAGUGAGGUAACUGUAGAUUCAUACCAAAUUCAGCCCUUUUUAUAAACACACUGAUUUACUGUACAGAAUAUGAGAUGAUGAGUCUUUAUUGCAGAGUAAAUGUUCGAAAUUGUUGUAUUUGUCUUGAAAAAGCUACAGAGAGACGUAUUUCACCUUAAAUCCAUUAUCAUGUCUCAGUUUUGUUUUGGUGUCAUUGUCCCAGAAUUAAAAUAUCGCAUCUUAA